AUGUCUACAGUAUAUGUCAAUGAAAAAUCAGGCAAGGAUGCUGCUGAUGCCACUGGCUCGGAGCAAUCUCCAUUUGCUUCUCCAGCUUAUGCAUUGUAUACCAACCCAGACGCUAAGGUUUUGAUCUACAAGCAAGUUGAAGAAGGCGAGGACUCAAAAUUCGAGUACGUCGAGAUAUCUGCAUCUGCAUUGAAAAAGGCCAAGAAGGGAGCCGAGGGAUUAAAGAAGAAAGCUGAAAAGCAAGCCAAAAUGAAAGAGGAGACUCAAAACUUGCCCAAGGUUGAGGCUUUGGACUUGAACUCUAUUGAAGAAGACAAGUCAUUACCCGAAGCCAAAAAGAUCAAAUUGGGCAAGAUCCUGGAAAACGUCGAUAGCAGAGUUUUGGUGCAAGGUUGGAUUCACCGUUUAAGAGUGCAAAAGGGUUUGGCAUUUAUUACUUUGAGAGACGGAACUGGCUUUUUGCAAUGUGUCCUCACUGGAGAUUUGGCCAAGGCUAGACAAACACAGGAAUUGACUAUUGAGUCAACAGUUGCCAUCAAAGGUGUGAUAUCCAAGUUACCCGAAGGAAAGACUGCUCCAGGUGGAGUUGAGUUGAAGGCUGACUACUACAAGAUUUUGGGUCUUGCGCCAGGUGGAGAAGAUGCAUUCACCAACAAGAUCCAAGAGGGUGCCGAUCCAUCAUUAUUGUUAGACCAACGUCAUUUAACUUUGAGAGGUGAAAGUUUGUCAGCAGUUAUGAAAGUGAGAGCUGCAUUUUUGAAAUCCAUCCGAAGAGUAUAUGUUGAAGAGGGACUCUUGGAAGUGACUCCACCAUGUAUGGUGCAAACUCAAGUCGAAGGUGGAUCCACUUUGUUCAAGAUGGACUACUAUGGUGAAGAAGCAUUCUUAACCCAAUCUUCACAAUUGUAUUUGGAGACUUGUUUACCAGCACUCGGUGACGUUUACUGUGUUCAAGAAUCUUUUAGAGCUGAAAAAUCUCACACGAGAAGACACUUGAGCGAAUACACACAUAUCGAAGCAGAAUUGGGAUUCCUCUCAUUCGACGACUUGUUAAAGCACAUCGAGACCGUGAUUGUUAAGACUGUGCAAUACGUCUUGGAGGAUCCUGUUGCCGGUAAACUUAUUGAGCAAUUGAACCCUGGCUUUAAGGCACCACAAUUGCCAUUCAAGAGAAUGCAAUACAUUGAUGCUUUGGACUGGUUGAACGAAAGAGGUAUCUUGAACGAUGAAGGCAAGCCAUUCUCCUUUGGAGAUGAUAUCGCCGAGGCUCAGGAGAGAAAGAUGGUUGACACAAUCAAUGAGCCUAUUUUGUUGACAAGAUUCCCAGUGGAAAUCAAAUCAUUCUACAUGCAAAAGUGUAAGGACGACCCUAGAGUAACGGAAUCAGUUGAUGUGUUGAUGCCAAAUGUGGGUGAAAUCACUGGUGGUAGUAUGAGAUCUUAUGAGUACGAAGAUCUUUUGGCUGGUUUCAAGAGAGAAAAAAUCGACCCAGCACCUUACUACUGGUUCCUCGAUCAACGUCGUUAUGGUACUUGUGAGCACGGAGGAUACGGUCUUGGAACUGAGAGAAUCUUGGCAUGGCUCUGUGACAGAUUUACUGUGAGAGACUGUUCAUUGUAUCCAAGAUUCACUGGUAGAUGUAAACCAUAG